AGCGUCUCCGCCGCAGCCCGCAGCCCGCGCCGCCUCCCGGACGCCGCGCCGCCCGGCGGCUCUCCGGCUUUCCGAGGUCCGCGCGCCGCCGCCUGCGCUCGCCAGCCGCUGACGCCAGGACUGCAGCGUGCCGAGCGCCUGCGCAGCUGCCGGCGGAUGUCCUGCGACUGAGCAAGCCCUCGUGUGACGCCAUCAUCAUGCCUUUGGAGAUGGAGCCCAAAAUGGGCACGCUCGCCUUUGGGUGCCAGCGGAGCUCCGCCUCGGACGACGACUCCGGCUGCGCGCUGGAGGAGUACGCCUGGGUGCCCCCUGGCCUGCGGCCCGAGCAGGUGCAGCUGUAUUUCGCCUGCUUGCCGGAGGAUAAGGUUCCUUAUGUCAACAGUCCCGGGGAGAAACAUCGCAUCAAGCAGCUGUUGUACCAGCUGCCCCCGCAUGACAACGAGGUGCGGUACUGCCAGUCUCUCAGUGAAGAGGAGAAGAAAGAACUGCAAGUGUUCAGCGCUCAGCGGAAGAAAGAAGCCCUGGGAAGAGGGACGAUCAAACUCCUGUCGCGCGCAGUGAUGCACGCCGUGUGUGAGCAGUGCGGGCUGAAGAUCAGCGGGGGCGAGGUGGCCGUGUUUGCCUCCCGCGCCGGCCCUGGAGUGUGCUGGCACCCGUCCUGCUUUGUCUGCUUCACGUGUAACGAGCUGCUGGUCGACCUCAUCUAUUUUUAUCAGGAUGGAAAGAUUCACUGCGGCCGGCACCACGCGGAACUGCUGAAACCGCGGUGCUCAGCAUGUGACGAGAUCAUCUUUGCCGACGAGUGCACGGAGGCCGAGGGCCGCCACUGGCACAUGAAGCACUUCUGCUGCCUGGAGUGCGAGGCGGCGCUGGGCGGGCAGAGGUACAUCAUGAAGGACGGCCGCCCCUUCUGCUGCGGCUGCUUCGAGUCUCUGUACGCCGAGUACUGCGAGACCUGUGGGGAGCACAUUGGUGUGGACCACGCGCAGAUGGCCUACGACGGGCAGCACUGGCACGCCACAGAGGCCUGCUUCUCCUGCGCGCACUGCAAAGCCUCGCUGUUGGGCUGCCCCUUCCUGCCCAAGCAGGGGCAGAUUUACUGCUCCAAAACCUGCAGCCUGGGCGAGGACAUGCACGCCUCCGACUCCUCCGACUCUGCCUUCCAGUCCGCGCGGUCCAGGGACUCCCGGCGAAGCGUCCGCAUGGGCAAAAGCAGCCGCUCGGCCGACCAGUGCCGGCAGUCUCUCCUCCUGUCCCCCGCCCUGAACUACAAGUUCCCCGGCCUGGCAGGCAACCCUGACGACACCCUCUCUCGGAAACUGGAUGACCUGAGUGUCUCCGGGCCGGGGGCGAGCUUUGCCGGUGAGGACUUCUGGAAAGGCAGAGUAGAGCACGGGACUGCAGAGGACCCCGAAGAAUGGGCCGAGCACGAAGACUACAUGACGCAGCUGCUCCUCAAGUUUGGCGACCAGAGCCUGUUCCAGCAGCAGCCCAGUGAGCUGGAUGUGCGAGCCGGUGACCCCUGGAUUUCGGAUAACAUGGUGAAAUCCAAGACUGAGCUCAAGCCAGCCAGCCAGAGCCUCGCGAGCAAGAAGUACCAGCCCGACAUGUACUGGGCACAGUCCCAGGAUGGGCUGGGGGACUCCGCCUAUGGCAGCCACCCGGGCCCCGGCAGCAGCAGGCGGCUGCAGGAGCUGGACCUGGACCAUGGGGCCUCAGGGUACAGUCACGAUCAGACGCAGUGGUAUGAGGACUCCCUGGAGUGCCUGUCAGACCUGAAGCCAGAGCCAAGCGUGCGCGAUUCCAUGGACUCUCUGGCUUUGUCCAACAUCACAGGAGCCUCGGUGGAUGGAGAGAGCAAGCCGAGACCGGCGCUGUACUCCCUGCAGGACCUGGAGGCAGAAGACUGUGAGAAAAUGAGCAACAUGGGCACACUCAACUCCUCCAUGCUGCACCGGAGCGCCGAGUCCCUCAAGAGCCUGAGCUCAGAGCUGUGUGCCGACAAGAUCCUGCCUGAGGAGAAGCCCGUGCACCUGCCCGUGCUCCGCCGAUCCAAGUCUCAGUCCCGGCCGCAGCAGGUCAAGUUCUCGGACGACGUCAUCGACCACGGCAGCUACGACCCCAUUGAAAUCCGGCAGCCGCCCAUGAGCGAGAGGACGCGCAGACGGGUCUACCAGUUCGAAGACAGGGGGUCCCGGCCCCACCACCCGCACCGCCGCAGGAGGAGCAGGAAGUCCCGCUCCGACAACGCCCUGAACCUCGUGGCCGACAGGAGGGCUUCUCCCAAGGACAGGCUGCGGCUCUACAGCCCCGACAGCUACGAGAAAUUCCUGCAGCACAGGAGCGCACGGGAGAUGGGUGCCUACCUGGUGGGCGCCGAGCCCUAUGGGCGCCACGCCCACGCCACGUCCGACUACGCGUUGCAGACGCCGCGGGGCGCCCGUUUCCUGGGCCUCUACGGGGAUGACGACGACGACUCGUGGUGCUCGUCGUCGUCCUCGUCCUCCGAUUCGGAGGAAGAAGGGUACUUCCUGGGGCAGCCGAUCCCGCAGCCGCGGCCGCAGAGAUACGGCUACUACACGGACGAGCUGUCCAGUCCCUCGUCUGCACUGUCCGCGCCUGGCUGACACUGCGCCCUGCUGUGUGAGGCCAGCUUGUCCCCUCCCAGCCCCCGUUAGCCAGGUUAGCAUUGCAUUGUAUUAGCUCCAGCUAGCUAAAGAUUGAAAAAAAAGAAAAAAAUUGCUAUUUAUGGUGUUAAUUUCAUAGACUUAAGUGUAUUCCUAAUUUAACGGUGCAAAUACUAAUGUAUAUAGUGUACAGUUCAGAUUUUAAAGCUGAUAUUUUUAUAUCCCUGAAUUGCAAGAUGUUUGUUACACUGCCGUACGAGGUCUGUAGGGAACCAGAAGCGGAGACGAUGCUUGUAUUUCAGUCAGGGUUUAGAGUUAGAUGGUCAGAUUUACAUUGCCUAGUGAUGGAAAGUUUGGGUUUUUUUGUUGUUUUUGGUUUUUUGCUUUUUCAAUAUUAAACAGGCUCUGUAUGCAUGGUGGGGCUGUGUAAAUACUCUUAACUAUGGCCCUGUUAAUCUUACGAGUGUUAUUUAUGGGUCCAGCAAUGUAACUGUACAGAUGUAAAAGCAAGGCCCCCCACACGCUGCACGUGUGGCGAGGCCGAGCAGAAGCCGUGUGCUUCGUGUGCUCCCCGGGGUGGGCUCAGCAGGCAGCUGAGGACUCGCAGACCCCUUACCUGGAGGGGCCGUUCCUGUGACCCCUGCCUUCACACGGACGUGCUGGCCUUCACAGCAGUUCUGGGCGUGUUUUCCUUACAUUAGAGGAUGCUGUGCCACUGGGUGCUUCGCGUUCACAGGAGGUUCUAGUUCAAGGGAGGCCAUGUUGGAUUGGAACGAAUGAGCCGACAUCUUCAUUUGUGCCAUUCUUGCUUCUGUAGCUCCGUCCUAACUGAAGGGCCCCGUGGCACCCAGGACCUCCAGGGAGGUAUUUAAUAAACAUUUAAUAAAUAACA